AUGACAGCCAAGACCUUUAUUGUGACGCUCAAAGACCAUGUUGCCGAUCCAGACGUGUCGUCGAUCAAGGAGUCGUUCGCGAAACUCGGUGGCGAAAUCACCCACGAAUUUUCGCUGAUCAAGGGCUUCACAGUCAAGGUGCCAGAGAUCGGCAUUGACAGCAUCAAGCAGAAGCACGGUAACAACAUCGCCAACAUCGAAGAGGACCAGGAAGUGCACACGCAAGCUUGA